ACCAACUUGCGCCUCACCACCUCACAGCUUGCCUUGCGCAACAAGCAACCUGUUUACAUCGCAUCCGUCCUACUCGUCGCUGGUAAAAUUAAAAAUACCCCCCAGCCCCUUCAUGGAGGCAACAUCUGCGAGGAUGGCGGCCAGAGACCGCUUCGGCGCCAUGGGUGAUCCAGGCCCCUCAACUCUCCAGCGAUACAUCCAGCAGGCCUGCAGCCACGAAAACCCCGAGCCCAACCUGGCGAUGAACCUCGAGAUCGCAGACCUAAUCAACUCGAAGAAAGGAAAUGCACCGCGGGAGGCAGCGGUAGCUAUCGUCAAUUACAUCAAUCAUAGGAACCCGAACAUCUCCUUGCUGGCUCUCAACUUGCUCGAUAUUUGCGUCAAGAACUGCGGAUACCCGUUUCACCUUCAGAUCAGUACCAAGGAAUUCCUUAAUGAGCUCGUGAGGAGGUUCCCUGAGAGGCCCCCGAUCAGACCGACGAGAGUGCAAAUGAAGAUACUGGAAGCGAUUGAAGAAUGGAGGGGCACAAUAUGUCAGACCUCUAGGUACAAGGAGGAUCUGGGAUUCAUACGGGAUAUGCACAGGCUGCUCAGUUACAAGGGCUACGUGUUUCCGGAGGUUAGGAGGGAGGAUGCUGCGGUCUUGAACCCCAGUGAUAAUCUAAAAUCUGCGGAAGAAAUGGAAGAGGAAGAACGGGCGGCGCAAUCUGCGAAACUCCAAGAAUUAAUUCGACGUGGCGGACCAGAAGACCUACAAGAAGCGAAUAGAUUGAUGAAAAUCAUGGCAGGAUAUGAUACCCGGACGAAGACGGAUUACAGAGCAAAAGCGGCAGAGGAAGUCGGAAAGGUUCAACAAAAAGCGAGAUUACUGGAAGAGCGACUAGAAGCCUUCAAGCCAGGCGAUGUCAUGGUCGAGGGAGACGUCUACGAGGAGCUCGCCUCAGCACUUCAGAGCGCACACCCAAAGAUCCAGAAGAUGUGCGAAGAGGAAUCUGAUGAUCAUGAAGCUGUGGCAAAGUUAUUGGAGAUCAAUGACAGCAUACAUCGAACGGUGGAGAGGUAUAAGCUAAUGAAGAAGGGAGAUGUGGAUGCUGCAUCCAGGAUCGCAAAGGGGACACUAGGUACGAGCACUGGGGUGGGGAAGAAUGCAGCGAACGAGCUCUCCUUAAUCGACUUUGACGCCGAUGCGGAGACCAAUGGAAGCAGUUCUGCGGCCCCAACUGGAAGUCAGCCUGGAGGAUUAGAAGACGACCUAUUAGGUCUUUCCAUGUCUGAUAGCAGCUACGGACAAGGAGGUGGAAUUACUCUCGGAUUUGGGAACAAUACGAACCUACCUGGCCCUGCUCUGAUUUCAUCCACAACAGAGCACAGCACCGCGAGAGGGCCCACGCCUACUCGAUCACCAGCCCCACCACAAGCUCCCACCCAACCUAAACCUAACUACUCUCCUUUUUCUGCCUUUGGCACUCCAGCUCCACAGUCAACGACCCCUCAGCCUUCCUUAUUCCAGCAGCAGCAGGCCCAGCAGCAAGCGACCCUUGCAAAGCAGCAACAGCACGCCCCGGCACUAGAUCCCUUCGCAGCUUUAGCUUCGCCUGUACGACAAUCUACACCGCAGCAAGCACAACCUACACACUCUAUUUUUGAUUUCGGCAAUCGCCAAUCAGCCCCGGCCGCAGCUGCGGAUGACGACGAAUGGGCUUUUUCGUCCGCGUUACCAGAAGGCCUCCCAUCUGAAAACACAAUUUCAGUCAGCGAAACAGCUCUAGGCAUCUCGCUUCAUGCGACCCGUGAACCGACAACCCCAGCUGUGAUCACACUGUCCUUAUCCUUCUCAGGUAAAACAGAUCAACCAAUAUCCGACUUAGAAUUCGCGGUUGCAGUGACCAAGAAAUACGCAUUGAAACUACAACCACAGAGUGGACGAAGGCUACAGCCUCAUGAACAAGCUGGCGUGAAGCAGAUCGGUCACCUGACAGGUGUCGAGCAAGGGAAAGGAGAUACGGUCAAGUUACGGUGGAAAGCAUCGUACAAGGUCAAUGGCUUACCAAUACAAGAACAAGGAGAGAUUUCAUCAUUAGGUAUUGCGUGAUGAAGGGAGUCAUAUAGAAUCUAACACAUUUAUGGCUAUGGCCACAGCCGACACAGCCGAGCUCAGAGAGAUUACAUGCUUGAGG